GCUCCAGGGGUUCACGAGCGCUGCCCAGGGAUUCGCGAGAUUUACCAGUGGCGCCUCAUGUCUGCCAAGAUCGUGAGCGCUGCCAAGCAAGCUGAGUUACUCAAGGAGCAGGGAAAUCUCUACUUCAAGAAGGAGCGCCUCUCAGCUGCGAUCGAUGCCUACACCGAGUGGAUCGGUAUUUCGCGUGUGUUCCAGGCGAUUACGCUGUGCCCGGACGUUCCAGUCUACUGGACCAAUCGCGCGCUGUGCUAUCAGAGAAAGGGUGACUGGGAGAGAGUAGAGGCUGAUUGCUCGAAAGCAUUGGAGCUUGACAAGGCUUCGGUCAAGGCUCAUUACAUGCUGGGACUGGCCUUGCUGAAUAGCCAACACUAUGCCGAAGCUAUCAAGCAACUCGAGAAGGCUCUUGACUUGGGGGGAGGUGCCAAUCCCGCGGCUUACAUGGUCGAGCAGAUCUGGCAGGAGCUUUCAAAGGCGAGGUACACGCAAUGGGAAGUCGCGACCGCCGCAAGGCGGGCAAAGCAAAAGGAGAUAAGAGAAAUGUGUGAAGUCGCAGCCAAACGCGAGUACGAUGAGGCGGUAGCCGCGAGAGCAGCGGCCGAGACUCCAAUGGAAGACGACGACAUUGUUGAGAGUGACGAGAGCGAAUGGAAGGCCAUCUCUAGAUUGCGUGAAAUCUAUCAAGAAAAGCUUCGCACCAUCGCUGAUAUUUUCAACAAAGCUGCAGAAUCAGAUAUCCCAUCCGAGAUUCCAGAGCACCUAUGCUGCAAGAUCACCAUGGACGUGUUUAGAGAUCCCGUGAUCACGCCCAGUGGAGUGAGCUACGAAAGAGCCGUCCUCUUGGAGCACCUGAGAAAGGUUGGCAAAUUCGAUCCAUGGACAAGAGCUCCCUUGGAGCCGGAGCAAAUAGUCUCAAACCUGGCGCUCAAGGAAGCAGUGCAAGCGUAUAUGUUAGAUCAUGGCUGGGCUUACAAGCCUUACUAUUAAACUCCAUUGUUUAAUAGUGGGGUUUAGGGUUUAUAGCAACACAUCCACUGCGCGUCCAAGGCUGUGUUUCACUGUUAUGGCGCGCUUGGGGACGAGGAUUUAAGAACCCAGAAAAAUGGCAACAAAAACGAUGACAAUCGGAUCCAGUAUGCCAAA